AUGAAUAGCGACAACUGCGUUAAUCGUCGUGGCGAUAAGACCGGCGUGUCGAGGUUCGUCUACACGCUUGAAGAACGGGAACUGCUCCGUAACCUAGUGGUGAGGCACAGAGCGGUUAUACAAAAUCGCCAAACUGAUAAUGUAUCGAAGCGCGCCAAGGACAGUGCCUGGGAGAAGCUGGCCGAAGAAUAUAACAGCCAACCAGGCAUUCGUCGCGUUACGGUGAUGCAGCUGCGGAAGCUGUGGGACAACGAAAAAUCGAAAUGGAAGAAGAAAGAUUCCGAAGAAAAGCGGGAUUUGUACGCAACAGAUAAUCCAGUUCAGGCACCACUGCCGGCUCAGGAAAGUGCUGUCUUGGCAGGUCCCAGUACCGUGCCGCUAUCGACGACUGAGACCACGCCACAUGUAGUGCCAACACCUGCUCGAGUGGAAGCUUCAGACGCUGCGGCUCUCAUUGACACACCUCAGCAACUGAGACCAGCACGAGGCCGCACAGCUGCGAUAGAGCGGGUGCUCGCACCUGAAGGAGCUGCCCGACUAAAGGUGAUUCAGAAAGAUGAGGAGCGCAAAGCAGAACUGCACUCUGUAGAGAUGCGCUUGCGUCGGCAGCAGCUCCUCCAGCAACGACAACGUCACAGGAUGGACGAACAACGGAAACAGGAACUGCACCAAAUCGAAGUGCAAUUGCGGCAACAGCAGCUGGAGCAGCAAAAGUGGCGCGAUGACAUGGAGCGCCAGAUGCUGUUUCUUGAAUUAGAGGCAAAGAAGCAGCAACUUACAUAA